UGACACUCGUCAGCCCCAGAUUAUUCCCGCCUCAUGGGAGAUAGAGAGGCCCCGAUAGGUGGAGAGACAUCAGCCACGAGGCUUUUUAAGAGCUGGCCAACCUCGGGAACCUCUGCUAGCUUCCGCGAUGGAGCUGAAGUGACGGGGAGGCCAUGCUUUUUGAUUCGGCUGGUCGCGCCGACGAGGGCCUGUAAGAAUGGAAUACGCUGCUUUAGUUCAUUGUGAAUCCCCAAAGCGGCCACCUGCCGGCCAAAUUCGAAUUCGGCCCCGAGCCCAAUUGUCCUCUAUACGGCCCCGACUACUAUAUAGUGGCUGUGUGGCGCUCUCUACCCGUCUUGCCUUUGUUUUGUCCCUUCUUCUGUAUUCCUGUGUUGGCCAAUCAUCAUCCACCCCAGCGGAUCGCAACUCAAGUCUCCCUACCAUCUCCCACUGUAUCAACCAUACUCGUCGAAUACCGCAAAGAUGAAGGCCUCCAUCGUCUUGUCAUUCGUUGCUGCCGCUAUGGCCAGCGUGAUCGAGCGUACCAACGGCUGCAAUGCCGAUAACUGUGCUCGCGCCGUCACUGGCACUCGCGACGGUCUGCUGCCUAUUUCCUCUCGCAAGGCCGACUGCUCCAGCUUUAUGCGAGUUACUGUCACCCCCCAUGCUACAACCACCACCAUCACCGUCACUGUUCACCCCGGUAUUACCGCCAAGCCCAAGAACGAUGUCAAUUACGCCGCCGCUACUGUCUGUCCCACGGCUGUCCCUGCUUAUGCCUCUGCUUGCGAUGGUGCUAAGAGAUACUCCUCUGCCUGCUCCUGCUGGGGCAUCACUGCCACCACUGUCACCGCUCACACGCCUACAAAAACUGAGAUUGUCACCGUUACUCAGAACUACUGCGAGCUGUAAAUGGUGGACACUGAGAAGUAACAGGAAGGGAUGGCUAUUCACAAAAUAGGACUUUUGAUAGAGUGAAAGAUUUGCCACUUAUAGAGGCCGGUAAUUGAAUGCUAGCUACGCCUUUGGAACUAGCUGACAAUCUUUAUGACGAAUACGAUAGAGCAUGAACAGAUGCAAAACAUGCAUGUUUACUUAAUAGCGUUCCUUAGGUAGCGAGCGACCAAAUGUCAAACAAUUUAGUCACAUACUGCUGUUACAUGUCGCCGAAGAAGGUGGAAUAGAAGAGAUGAGAAUGGAAUAGAACAAUUCUGACAAUCACAGAAUUGGAGAAUCACCAAAGAUCACGCAGUUCUCUCAGCGGCGUUGGCUGUUCUGAUGUGAAAGGGUUAGACUUGCAACUGCAAGAGGAGGAAUCUUUGCCUGUGAUGAGCCUGCAUUAUGAUAAAAUGAC